UCAUAUAAUUAACUUUUUCUCAAUCACGUUAUAUACAAACUUCAUAAUGGUCUCCGACUUUAGAAAGAAGAAACUUCUCCAUGUCUUCACAUCAUUCUUCGACCGGAAUGGAAGUGGUUCCAUCGACAAAAAAGACUUUGAAUUGGCGAUUGAAAACAUUUCUAAGCUCCGUGGCUGGUCUUCAGGAGAUGCUAAAUACGUUGAAACUCAAUCGGCAUUGUUGAAGAUUUGGGAAGCUUUGCAAAGUAGAGCAGAUUCCGACAAAGAUGGAGAAAUUUCAGUCGAUGAAUGGAUCUCAAUGUGGGAUGAAUUCGCUAAAAAUCCAUCAGCUCCCCUCGAGUGGCAAAACUUGUACAGCAAGUUCAUUUUCAACCUUGAAGAUGCAAGUGGUGAUGGGGUAAUUGAUGGUGAAGAGUUCUCCUCUGUCUACGAGUCUUUUGGUUUAAGUAAGAGUGAUGCGCUUGUGGCAUUUAAGAAGAUGUCAAAGGGCAAGGGUCAGGUGUCUUGGUCGGAGUUUCAGGAGCUGUGGAAGGAAUACUUCACCACUGAAGAUGUAGCCGCACCUGGUAACUUUAUUUUUGGAAAAACCAGUUUUUAGUGUUUCUGAUUUUGUAAAGAAAUUGGGGAUUUGAAAAGAUCUGUGAAUUAAUGUUUGAAAAUAUGUAAUAAUUUAUAAAUAUGUAAAGUACGAUAUUUAUUUAGGAUUAAAUAUAAAUGUGUUUAA